CCCGACCUGUGCGAGACAAGUCAGUGAUUCUGAGGCCCAAGAGGAGCUGGAAAGUGGCAGAGAGAAAGGUAGCGAAAGGUUUGCAUCCAAAUGGCUGCCAACACCACUUCAGGAGAAGAUUUUUAUGGCGAAUAUGAGGGCUAUUCUGAUUUUGAAGACAAUCUGCCUCUCCAUGGCUCCAUGCACACUCUCUCCAUGGUGGUCUACAGCAUCGCCUUUCUAUUGGGGGUGGUUGGAAAUGGCCUGGUGAUCUUUGUCACCGGCUUCCGCAUGAACAAAACUAUCAACACCAUCUGGUUCCUUAACUUGGCCAUCGCUGAUUUUGUCUUUACUUUCUUUCUGCCUCUGAGUGUGGCCCACAUGGCCCUGAAUUUCCACUGGCCCUUUGGAAAAGUACUCUGCAAACUGAACAGCACGCUGGCCUUCUUCAACAUGUUUGCCAGCGUCUUCCUCCUCACGGUCAUCAGCAUGGACCGCUGUAUCUCAGUGGCAUGCCCAGUCUGGGCCCAGAACUGCCGCACUCCCCGGCGGGCGUCUCUGGUAGCCCUGGGCGUCUGGGUAGCAGCCCUGAUGCUCAGCGUCCCUCAUUUUGUGUUCCGUGACACCAGAAGGUCACCCACCAAUGAGAACGUCACUCACUGCUACAACAAUUUUGCCUUGUCAGUCGAUUUUCCUUUAGAGGAAGUCGUCAAGCUGGAAGAAUAUCGGCAUCGAGCCAUGGUGUUGACCCGUUUUGUGGCUGGCUUCUUGGUGCCGUUCACCAUCAUUUUGGUCUGUUACGGCAUCAUUGCGACCAAACUUAAGGGAAACCGGCUUACUCGGUCUGGCAGGCCCUUCAAGAUCAUGGUGGCGGUGGUCUUGGCCUUCUUCAUUUGCUGGUUCCCUUACCACGUCUUCUCCUUCCUGGAGAUGUCGCUGACCAUGGUAACACCCUGGCAACAGACACUUCUGGUAGUGGGAACACCUCUGGCUUCAGGCCUAGCCUAUCUCAACAGCUGCCUGAAUCCUUUCUUGUAUGUCUUUGUGGGGCAGGAUUUCAGGGAGAAGUUGCGGAUGUCUGUUCUUGCAGCUUUCGAGAGUGCCUUCAGCGAGCCCUCGGCUCAGGCCACCAUGCCUUUUACAAAGAGCAAAUCUAGCUCAGGUAUCGACCAUCACCUAGUCUAGAAGGUCUGAGUCUGGACCAGGAUUCCUGAGGGGAAGAGAAUGGGAUAGAGGUCCCCUCCACCGCUCUUUUCCUAAUUCUCACAAAGAAGGAGAAUGGAUUCUAGAAACUUUUGAAUAACCUGCCCUUCAGCAUCCCUCUCUGUGAAUGUGCGAGAAUGCGUACAAAGUAAACUCUUCGGUUUAAACAGUUCUCUUCAUGGGCUCAGAUCCUUGUUACAUAUCACACAACUUUUGUGUCAGCCUUUUCCUUUGUCACUGUGGCUCUGCUCCUGGCUGUGCACCUCCAGACUUUUUGGUUUGUGAAGUUACUAGGUCCACUUCUUCAGUAAGAGUUUUGAAAUCCUGCCUGCCUUCUUAUAGGCUCACCGUCCUUUUAAAUCUGAAAAUGAAUAAAUAAUGCAAUAACUAAUACAAUAAAUAUAACGCUUGCCAGCUAUAUCUUAUAUAUAAAAUAUGGACUAUAAAUAUUGCAUACAUACAUUUGUUAAAAAGGUACAAAACAAAUUAUAAGUUGCUUAAAAAUCCAGUAUUAUGCAGCAUUUAAUUAUUUACAUGUUUCAUGUUCGUGAUAAACUUGUUCAUAAUGAGGGUGUCCCAUCAGCACAAGGUGACCUCCCCCACACCCACUUAGCUCACGAAAUUGUUGCUUGGAAAAUAAAAUGGGGAAUGUCAGCAUGUUAUUGUGAGCUGCUUUGGUUCCCAA